AUGGACAACAGACCGGAGGUGACGUGGCGCCCACGUGGACUUUCUUUUCUAGGAAAAACAGAUGCAUAUAUAACCCUAAUUCGGUUAACAUCUGAGUUUCCUAAAUCGCAAAAAUCGGAGCAGUGAAAAUGGGGAUUUAGUGUAAACGAUUGUAGUCGUCUGCAAGUAAAGAGCCGACGUGGAAGAACAGUUGAAUUGGAUUUGGGUAGGGGCCGCGCGAACGCAGGCCCCCGCUGGCACAAAUUAUGACGUCCACUCUCCCACUUGGGGAGAUGGUAGGCGGGCGCCCCUCCUAAGUGCAAUGGAGGCCGCCAACCUAGGCCAUGAGCCUUCAUGA